UCUAAAAAAGAAAAGGUUUAAUUGUUGAAUAUAUAGCCUGAAUUAACAUUAACAACAAAAACCAACAACAAUAGAAAGCAACUCACACAUUCUGGUCACCCAUUAGAGAAUAUAUAUUUAUUUUUCAUUUCCCACUUAUACAAGAGAAACAAUGGGAUCUAAAUGUAAAAUAUAAGUUAUAACAUAUCCUUUGAAAGUACUUUUAUUUUAUAAUAGAGUACUAUGAGAUUUAUAAUAACAAGGUGUAUAUUUCUUGUUUAGUUAUAAUAAAUGUUGAAGCUUACCAGUUUUAUACACAGUUUAAUAAUAAUGUAUGAUCUAUGACGGAAGAACACUUUAGUGAUAGAGUGUGUUUCAUAACAAAAGUUAAAAGCUGCUUUAUAAGAGGAGGAAAAGAGAAAUAUGUGGAGAGAAAAGGUAAUAUAUGAAUCAGGGAGAAAUAAGUCUAUAAUCCACAAAAAAAAUGAGUUGGAGACUUACUGGGAGGCUGAGAAGCAACAGCAUUAACAGGACUAGAUAACAAUAAGACAGAUAUCAAGCCUUUGUGCAAAUAUUCUGUAUUGUAAAUGGGGUUUUUCCACAAAUAUCUUGUUCUAUUUUCAUCCCAGAAAUUCUGUCUUUUUUCCAGCAGAAAGUCAAUCAUAUUUUUGGCUUAAUGGCUCUUAUAUAAUGGAUGUUUUCUAACUUCUCUACUUUAUUCAUCCGUCAGUAUUUACCAAAAUCACAAAAUUCAAUACCAUCAGUCCAAAAUCAGAUAACAAUAAGACCAAUAUCAGUCCUUUUUGCAAAUAUUCUACAUUUUAAAUGGGGCUUUUCACAAUUAUUUUGUUGUAUUUUCAUCCCAGAAAUUCUGUGUUUUUCCUACCAGAAAGUCAAUCAUAUCUGAUAGGAAAAGACUGUCACGUCACACUAAACGUUGUGAGUUUUUAGCUGUUAACCGCUCUUUAAGACAGGGUGAUCUACUGCAAUACAACUCCCAAACUCACAACUCUACACAUUAACAACUCCCAAAACAUCAGAUAGAAUUUGUCGCUUGCUAAAAAUGGAUGAUACUCCUCUUCGUAGCAUUAGCCUGCUCUAGUUAUGCUGAGACUGCUCAAUGCAGAGCUCCAUUGAGAAUAGGUUUAAAGGGGUUGAAUGCCUUCUGCUGAGGCAGGGCAUCUACCGACCACUCUUUACAUGCACUCUGGCGUGGCCCGCUGGCCUUUGUGUCACCCAACAAUGAUGGCACUGGAGCACCACAGCCAGGGAGAGAUCAUUGUUCAGUUCAGCCAAUGGGAAAGCAACAAAUAGACGUUUAUGUGAUGUGUGAGUUUCUGUGCAUAUGUGUGUAUGUGCAUGGUAAUGCAAAGGUGAAUGCAUGUAGAGUCUUUCACACCGAGCUUUUGCAUCUACUCUGUGACGAAGUGGAGGGGGACGUCACACAAAGAAAGAGCCAAUCAGACAUUAGCUGUUUGGAUUUAUGCCAGGGUUUUUAGGCUUGUAAGACUUUAGUACAAGUGGCAAAAGCCGGUUUUAAAAAAAAAAAAAGUCAGCUGAGACGAGAUGCCCUAUACACCGUCUGGCUUUUUUUGUGACCGGUUGAUCCGGGAGAGGGAGAGGAGAGACGGGGAAGGGUCUCUGAACAAGCCCGUCCGCUUCAACGGCCAGGACUUCGGUAACCUGAGACAGGAGAGUCUUCAGAGGAAGAGCCUGUUUGAGGAUGAGUCUUUCCCGGCCACUGUGGAGUCUUUGGGCUUCAAGGAGCUCGGACACAAGUCCAACAAGGUCAAGAACAUCGUCUGGAAGAGGCCCAAGGAAAUCUGUGAGAACCCUCAGUUCAUUGUUGGAGGAGCCAGUAGGACAGACAUCUGCCAGGGAGAUCUUGGUGACUGCUGGCUGCUGGCUGCCAUCGCUUGUCUCACCUUGAAUGAGAAGCUGCUGUACCGUGUUGUUCCUCAGGAGCAGAGCUUCUCAGAGGGCUACGGAGGCAUCUUCCACUUCCAGUUCUGGCGUUAUGGCGACUGGGUCGAUGUGGUCAUCGAUGACCGUAUCCCAACCUUCAACAACCAGCUGGUCUUCACUAAGUCCGCUGAGAGGAACGAGUUCUGGAGCGCCCUGCUGGAGAAAGCCUACGCCAAGCUGCACGGCUCCUACGAGGCCCUGAAGGGAGGAAACACCACGGAGGCCAUGGAGGAUUUCACUGGCGGAGUCACUGAGUUCUACGAGAUGAAAGAAGCUCCCAAAGAACUCUACAAGAUCAUGAAGAAAGCUCUGGAGAGAGGCUCCCUCAUGGGCUGCUCCAUUGAUUCACUGGUUCCAGCUCGCUUUGAGACUCGUACUGUGACGGGACUUGUGAAGGGUCACGCCUACUCUGUGACGGCAGUGGAGGAGUGCAAAUCGUCUCAGCACAAGGAGACUAAAGUCCGUCUGGUGCGUCUCAGGAACCCGUGGGGUCAAGUGGAGUGGAACGGCCCCUGGAGUGACAACUCUAAGGAGUGGGCCACACUGUCCAAAUCUGAAAAAGAGAAGCUGCAGCACCAGAGUGCCGAGGAUGGAGAGUUCUGGAUGUCAUUUGAGGACUUCAAGAAGAACUACACUAAGAUUGAGAUCUGUAACCUCACCCCUGACGCUCUGGAGGACGAUAAGAUUCACAAGUGGACCGUUUCUGUGAACGAGGGUCGCUGGGUGAGAGGCUGUUCUGCUGGAGGCUGCAGGAACUACCCAGACACUUUCUGGACGAACCCUCAGUACCGCCUGCGUCUGCUGGAGGAGGACGACGACCCCGAGGACAACGAGGUGGGCUGCACCUUCGUGGUGGCUCUGAUGCAGAAGAACAGGCGGAAAGAGCGCAAGAUGGGAGCCAACCUGUUCACCAUCGGAUUCGCCAUCUAUGAGGUGCCAAAGGAGAUGCACGGGAACAAGCAGCACAUGCAGAAGGACUUCUUCCUGUUCAACUCCUCCAAAGCUCGCUGCAAGUCCUACAUCAACCUGCGCGAGGUGACCCAGCGCUUCCGGCUGACCCCCGGGGAGUACGUCAUCGUCCCCUCCACGUACGAGCCGCACCAGGAGGGAGAGUUCAUCCUGCGAGUCUUCUCUGAAAAGAGGAACACCUCAGAGGAGAUAGAGAACAGGAUCGAGGCCGAUCAUCCAGUGCCGGCGCCGGCCUCAGCGGGGGAAGAGAGCGAGGAGGACCAGCAGUUCAGGACUAUUUUUCAGGAGAUAGCCGGAGAAGACAUGGAAAUCACAGCCAACGAACUGAAAAAUGUUCUCAACAGAGUGAUCACCAAACAUAAGGACCUGAACACAGAGGGCUUCAGCCUGGAGAGCUGCAGGAGCAUGAUUGCUCUGAUGGACAUGGAUGGGACAGGUAGACUCAAUCUUCAGGAGUUCAGACAUCUGUGGAAUAAGAUCAAACAGUGGCAGGGAAUCUUUAAGCACUAUAACGCCGAUCAGUCUGGUAGCAUCAACAGCUACGAGAUGAGGAACGCUGUCAACGAUGCAGGCUUCCGUCUCAACAACCAGCUGUACGACAUCAUCACCAUGCGCUACGCAAACGAGAACAUGAACAUCGACUUUGACAGCUUCAUCAGCUGUCUGGUUCGGCUCGAAGCCAUGUUCAGGGCGUUCCAGGCUUUUGAUCAGGAUGGAGAUGGUACAAUCAGGCUCAGUGUCCUGGAGUGGCUCCAGUUGACCAUGUACGCCUAAAAGGCCCAUCUUCCUCCAGGUGAGCUCCACUCCACACGAGGACCAGACCUGCCAGCCUUUACCUCAAUAUUCAGUGUGCCCGAUCGUCGUUAGCUCUCAUCCACUUCACCUGCAGCCCUCCCUCCCUUAGCUCUGCUCUUUGUUCAACAUGCUUCUUCCAGUUCAUAUUUUCUUCCUCUUCCUAGAUCUAUCUGCAUUUCUUUUUUUCUGCUCUUGUCCUUCCAUUAUCAUUGAAAUAUCAGUCUCUCCUUUCAGCCAUUAGCCUUUUUUUUUAAAGACACUUGUUCCGUACUUUUCUCAGGCAUCAAACACACACAACCUCGUCACAAUACCUCACAGAGCUCCUUCCCCCUGCGUUAUCUUCUUCUGUUAUCAAACUGAGCAGCAAGGGCAUUCUUCCUGUAUUCAUCCCAGUGAACUGGGCUCUCUGGUGGACAGCCAACAAGCUUGUGAAUCACUCCUUCACCUGUAAUAAAUUAGAUAAUACAGCUGUUACUUUAGACAUCAAGGCCUCCUGAACAAACAUCACUUUGCCCCCUUUUAACCCUGUUUUUAAUCACUUAUUUUUGUGAAUAAAAAUAUCCUGCUG